CGGUAAAAAACAGUCAUGGCUGCCCCUAGCAGUAGGCAAGUGCUCCGGCUUCUCUGUCAAUUCGGAGCGUUUAUUUUGACCCGAUUUGGUUUCUGGAACUGCUUUACCAUGCUGAUGCUCUUUGCCGAGCGUGCGGAUGUAAAACGGAAACCUGACAUCCAGGUUCCCUACCUGUACUUUGACAUGGGGGCAUCAGUGCUGUGUGCCAGCUUCAUGUCCUUUGGAGUGAAGAGGAGGUGGUUUGCACUGGGUGCUGCCAUACAGUUAUCUAUCAGCACCUACGCUUCUUAUAUCGGUGAACAGGUGCACUACAGUGACUGGCUGAAGGUAAGGAUGUACUCCAGAGCCCUGGCUAUCAUCGGGGGUUUCCUGGUCCUAGCCAGUGGUGCGGGGGAGGUAUACAGACAGAAACAUCGCACCAGAUCGCUGCAGGCCACCGGACAGGUCUUCAUAGGGGUCUACCUCAUCUGUAUGGUGUACUCGCUCCAGCAUAGUAAAGAGGAUAGGAUGGCCUACCUAAACCACAUCCCUGGUGGGGAGAUUACCCUGAUGCUGCUGGUGGUGCUGUUUGGGGUGCUGGCCCUGGCCUUCCUCUCUGGCUGUUACGUCCGCCUGGCCUCACAGAUCCUGGCCGUGGUCCUGCCACUUGUCCUCCUCUUCAUCGACGGUAACCUGGGCUACUGGCACAACACGCGCCAUGUAGAGUUCUGGAACCAGUUGAAGCUGAUGGGGCAUAACGUGGGUAUAUUUGGGACUGUGCUGAUCCUAGCUACAGACGGCUGAAGGAUGGGCGUGUUCGCUGGCUUUCAUGCAAUGGACACCUUGGCAGACUGAAGAGGCCAUUACCUCAAUGUCUGACUAAAGCUACAGGUUGUGUCCCAAAUGGCACCCUAUUCCCAGAGCCAUGGUCAAAGUAGUGAACUAUAUAGGGAAUAGGGUGCCAUUUGGGACAAAGUUACAGACUCUCUAGAUCAGGGGUUCCCAGACUUUUUUGGCCCGCGACCCCAUUUUGAUAUCAAACAUUUUUCACGGCCCCGCCAUGUGUAAAAAAACAACAACAAAAACAAAAGGGAGAUGUAAUCAAAGGCCAAUGUUUACUUUUUCAUUUAGGGCGAU